AUGUCACCAUGGCUUGCCUCGCUUGUCGCGAGAUGUGAUGGUGGUGACCCAGCGUGCUCCAAUUGCGCAAACAGGAAUCGGGACUGUCACUAUCAACAUGUCGACAAGAGAAAGCUUCCUCUUCGCGUCGCUAUCGAAUUGCUGUCGAGUAGAGUGGAUCAGCUAUGCCACUUCAUCCGCGACAAUGGGUUUCAGCCACCACCCAUGUCGGAAGAGAAGGAUUUAGCGUUGACGAGGAUUUUGAAGAUACUUGGACUGGUCGAAGUGAACUCGACGCUAACACAGCAUGUAGCCGGGAGUAGGAGGCCUUCGCUUGCGACCAACGAGGCGGAGUCGCAUUCACAAGGGUCGUCGCCGGUUCCUAUCACUGCCGCUGCAACAGAUCAAUCGGAGGGAACCGAGCUCCAGCCAUCUGAGCCGUCGCCUAAGCCGGGGUCCGUGGAGGAAGUGCCGUCCAAGUCCACAGCCCACAGUCAGGCUUCGACAGCACCGCUUCCAGAACACCAGGACGCGGAGGACAAUAGCCCGGGAAAUAUCUUGGGUGCUUGGGAUUGGGAUAUCGGUCUGGGAGAAUUGCCAAAUUCUUCGGAAGCGCAGCACUUUUUUGGGUCUGCUUCUCCGAGUGGAACACUUCUUGCAGCAAUUGAGGAUGUCCCUGAGGCAUUUAGCCCUGUACUCAGCGGAAACAAUACGCUCGUGGAGGAAAAUAGCCACACAGAAGACAUUGAAGGCCUCAUUGACGAGCUCUCCAAUAGAGUUGGGACCCUGCGAAUUGGGCCCGGAGGGCAGACACAUUUCUGCGGCCCGACAUCUAAUUUCAACCUGGCGGAUAUGCCAGUUUCAGAAACAAUGGAGGUGCAUCGUAACGUACAUAAUAAUGUUUCGCGAUGUCUAGAUCAAUUGGGGACUAGCGCAGAAAUUCCUGCUUCCUUGGAGGACCAUUUAAUCAAUCUCUAUUUUAGCUGGCAAGAUCCUUUUGUCCAUGUGGUUAAUCGAAGGGUCUAUGAAGAGGCGAAGGCCAAAUGGCUUGGAAUGGGAGACACCCCAUUCUAUUCGGAGGCACUUCGAAACGCAAUGUGUGCACUUGGUGCUGCGUUUGAGCCUCGCUAUCAUCCAACAUUUGUCACAUUCCCUAAAUCUCUGGUCGACUUUUUCGGAGAUCGAGCCAAGUCCCUGCUCGAGAUUGAAUUGGAUUGUCCGUGCGUUGCCACCAUCCAGGCAAUGGUGAUCUUGAGCAGCCAUGAGAUUGGAAAUGGAAAAGAUGCUCGGGGAUGGCUCUAUAGCGGAAUGGCAACACGGCUUGCCUUCGACCUCGCGUUACAUCUCGAUAUGUCUGCUUAUGUUUCUAGCGGAGCCAUCACUGCAACUGACGCAGACCUUCGUCGAACGGUCUUCUGGGCUGCAUACACGGUUGACCAUCUUUUGGGGUUCUACCUUGGCAGGCCUUGCCGCACAAACAUGGAGGACGUGACUGUUGGCAAGCCUGAUAACCAAGCAAAUCACUGGGGAACCGGCAAAUGGACCCCCUACGUAUCCCCCAGCCCCGUCAAUCCCAAUGCCGGCUUGUUGGAUUGUAUGGAGGCUGUGAUUCAACAACAGGUCACACUCUGCGAGCUGAUGACCCCGUGUGGAUACAUCCUCUAUGGAACGUCACGUAUUUCCAAGGCAGUUCUGCAGGAGCUCAAUGCAAAUAUUGUAGCAAAGCUUCGAAUUUGGAAAGCCAGUCUCCCAUCAACUUUACAGAUCAAUCUCAGCGACCACACUUCACUUUAUCUUCCACAUGUAUUGCUGCUCCACAUGCAAUAUUACCAAAAUAUCAUCUACGCCCACCGACCCUGGAUGUCAAAAGGCCACCUCCAGCCCCAACCCCCAAAGGGCCCCGGAUACCUGCACGCGCGAGAAAUGUGCAUCCAAUCCGCCAUUGCCAUCGCCAAGAUCUUAAUCCUAUACGAGACAAGAUAUACCCUUCGACGAAUCAACUUCUCAGCCGUCUCGACCACCUCCUCCGCCGUUCUCUUUCUCCUCUUCGCUGCAGUAUGCAAAUACCCCACUCACGAAGAUAACGACAUCGCAAUCCACCUAAGCACCUGCUUCCGGGCCCUUGAUGAAUUCGCUCUGUCCUGGCAGAGUGCAAGGCGCGCAAAGGAUAUUUUGAUACGGUUACAGCAGCAGUGGGAAAUGAGGACCCGGUCUAGCUGUAGAUUCUCAGGAAGAUCGAAUGGUGGAAUCAUGUGUGCUUCUCAGAAGCAGGCACGUACCUCGGAUUGGUCCGGUGCUGUUUUCUCUGGCAUAGAUAAAGGACAAGUCCAUGGUACACGACAUACUGACCUCGAGUUGGAUGGUGAUUUGGAUUGGAUGCUUAUGGCGGAUGGGCAGUUGUUGCCGGAGAAUUGUGAAGGAGGUCUUUAUUCUUUGCUUCCGAAUUCGGGCAUUCUUUUGCCAGAACAUGCGAGUUAG